CCAGCGCUGGGCCAGACAGGGAGGGCCCUCUCCUGCAGACUGGGAAGGCCUUAGGUGGCCCCGGGGCAAGUUACCUCUUUCUGCUUCCAUUUCCUAGGGGAAUGGGUCCUCUUAGGGGGGGAGGUGAUGGGCACCCACUUCCCCUCCCCAUAGUGCCCAUCAUGCCACCUGUUGUUCCCCCACCUGCCGUGCCCGCCCUUGCUCCCGCAGGUGCCCCCCGAGCCAGCCGUCCGAUGCGCUACCCCAGCGACAGCGAGACUGGCACGAUGAACUGCCUCUGCGCGGCGGGGGUCCCGGCCCCCCUGCCCGCGGGCCCGCAGGACCCCUCCAGGGGCAGCCGCCCCCAGCGCCCCGACUCCAUCCUCCAGUUCCUGCUGUCGCAGGCCGCGGCGGGCGGGGGGCCCCCGUGGGGGCCGCCCCGGGAGGGGGUCUGGGAGGCCGGGGAGGCCGCCCCGGGCUUCCAGCCCACCCUGGACGAGAUCGAGGAGUUCCUGCAGGAGAAGAUGAGGCCGGCGGAGGCCCCGGCCCCAGCGCCGCCCGGCCCGGCCGCCCCGGUUGUGGGCUGCGUGCCCGUGCUGGUGCAGCUCCGGCCGGCCAGGGACGCCAAGGGGACGGGGGUGUUGCCGGGACCCCCGGAUCUCAGGGUCACCCGGGUGCUGCUGCAGCUCCAGAGCUUCGCCCUGCUGCCUCCGCCCGCCGCCUCCGCCGCCCCGCCCUCCCGCCAGUUCAUCCGCAUCGCCCCGGUGCCCAGCCAGGGUGCCCAGAGCGAGCCGGGGCCCGGGGCCCCCCGCCUGCCUCGCCUCAGCCCGGCCGAGCUCCUCAAGGUGCACAGGUGUGGCCACCCGGGCUGCGGGAAGGUGUACACCAAGAGCAGCCACCUCAAGGCCCACGGCAGGAGGCACACGGGCGAGAAGCCCUUCGCUUGUACCUGGCCCGGCUGCCACUGGAGAUUCUCCCGCUCCGACGAGCUCCUGCGACACCGGCGCUCUCACUCGGGCGUGAAGCCUUACCCCUGCCACGUCUGCCACAAACGCUUCGCCCGCAGCGACCACCUGGCCAAGCACAGCAAGGUCCACCGUUUCCCCCGUGGCCCUCGGCCCGCUCCGCGCUGACCCUAGCCCCCCCCCGGCCCUCCCCCACCCCAGCCGCCCCCAAGGGGAGGCCCAGGCCGCAACUGGAGAGAAGGCGGUGGGGCCCCCGACUGCCCCGGCCCGGACCGCCCCUGGAGCUCAGUCGCACUGACGAGGAUAUUUAUUGGGAAAACUCGGCACACUAAGAACAAGCUAUUUAUGGAGACAGAGGUGGCCCCCCCCGGGGCCACUCGGGAGAGCAGGCCAGAGAUGAGGCUCCGGCUCUCCAGGACUGAAAAGGCUGACUCCAGCACCGAAUCCCCCCUCCCUGCAAACAGCGGGAGAUCCCUACCAGACCACCUGACUCCUCCUGCCACGUGCCCUUUCAGUGGGCAGGGGCCGGGCCUCCCUCCUAGAUGGGGGACUCCAGAAAGUGGGCUUCCUGGCUCCAUGGGGGAGGGAGCAUGGCGGCUGUUUGUACAUUAAAACAGGGUGGCGAAGGCAGUCUUUUCUGCCCCUGCCUUCCUUGAGUCCCUAGGAGGGCUGGUGGAGGGGGCACCUCUGGGGAAAGGAAGGCCCCAGGUUGUCUCGUGACCCUUCUUCCCCCCGGCCCUUCCAGCUUGCUGGUCUGAUGCCUGGCUUGCCACCAGGCAGGACCCGCCAAAUAGAGUCCGGCCCCCAGCCGCGUGGCCGGCCUUAGCCUCCCCGGGCGGCUCCGGGAACGGAACUGGCCCUGGUGAAGCAGCGGUCGGCCCAGCCAACCCUGGCAGCCUUCCCCUGGGGGAAGGUGUGUGGGUGUGUGCGUGGGCAGGCUCCCCUCCCACACCUUUAGUUGGCUCCCCCAACCUUCUCCUAAAGACCACUUGUCAAAGCCCCUGGAUUCCCCAGACCAACACCAACUGGCCACUCCACCCUAUCCCCUUCCAUCCUGGGCCCUCCAGCCAACUUCGCCUCUACCUGCCCCGCACCCGUCCCAUCCCUCCCCCGAGGCUGCCCGAGACCUUGCUUCCA